CGAUUUUCUCGGAAUUGUGUAGAAGAUGAUGAAGCAAGCUAGCACUUUGCUCUCCAGCAGGAGCCUUUGUGACCAAAGUAAGUCACUUUUCCAAGAGAGAGUUAAAGCUUCGACGUUGCGUGGUUUUGCAAGCUGGUCAAGUUCUUCUACGCCUGGACGUGGUUUCUCUGGUAAAGAUGCUGCAAAGCCUAGUGGUCGAUUGUUCGCACCUUAUUCUAUUUUCAAGGGAAAAGCUGCUCUCUCUGUUGAACCUGUUCUUCCCAGCUUCACCGAAAUCGAUUCGGGAAAUCUUCGGAUAGAUCGUCGUGGAUCCUUGAUGAUGACUUUUAUGCCUGCUAUUGGUGAGCGUAAGUACGACUGGGAAAAGAAACAGAAAUUUGCUUUGUCACCUACGGAAGUUGGAUCCUUGAUUAGCAUGGGUUCCAAAGACAGCUCUGAGUUUUUCCAUGACCCUUCCAUGAAAUCAAGUAAUGCUGGUCAAGUCAGGAAGUCAUUGUCAAUUAAGCCCCACGCAGAUGGUAGCGGCUACUUCAUCUCAUUGAGCGUUAACAAUAGCAUCCUCAAAACCAAUGACUAUUUUGUGGUUCCUGUCACAAAAGCUGAAUUUGCAGUGAUGAAGACAGCUUUUAGUUUUGCCCUUCCACACAUCAUGGGUUGGAAUCGGUUAACAGGUCAAGGUAAUACUGAAGCACCGCCACCGAUGAAUGUUACUCAUCUAAAGACCGAUCCACAGUUAGAGCUGGAGUGGGAUAAAUGAACUGAUGGAGUUGUAGGAACGGAGUAAAUUGACAAUGCAUGU